CUCUGCCCCUCUUCACAGUCCCAGUGGUGAAGAGAUGUCACUUGGCUUGACUAGAUGUUUUUCAAGCCUUUGGAUCUGACGACUGCGCUUCGCCCCUCGCUGUUGCCCGAUGAGACCUUGCUCUUUGUCCAGGAUGCGGUGGGGUUGUACGAAGGAAAAUACAAGAUCCCCAAUUAUCAGAAUGGUCAUGCCUACUUGACCUCCCAUCGAGUCUGUUACGUAGCAGUGGAUGAGCCGCGGAAAUACUCAGUCGGCAUCGACCUGAAAAACAUCGAUAGGGCAGAAUAUCAAGCAGGUUUCUGGAAGUCGUCUCCAAAGAUCACAAUAUAUCCGAAGCCGCUCAAGAACACCCUCGACAGGUCAAAAAGCGCUGGCACAAGUCCUUCUCGAUCGCUAUCUCCUUUGACCCCAACACCGGCGCCGCAGUUCAAUACAGCACCCCCUCAACCUAUCAAUGCGACCUGGAUCUGUCCAAUAUGCUCGUUUUCCAAUCCCGUGCCCUCCAAUUUCGACCCAUCGACUGCCACUGCGUCCACACCUAUACCACCUUGUCUAGCAUGCGGUAUCAAGCCUCCCUUUGCAACAAUAUUGAAGGCUGCGAUCACAGCUGCAACCAGUCGCGAGAGUUCUUCAACAACCUCAACUAUCUCCCAACCCGGGCAUGAACCGUCGCCCCGCAGUAAUGGUUCCAAGAGUCUAUCAACUCCACAAAAUGGCGCCCAAGUGUCAUGUCCCCGCUGCACAUUUGUCAAUCACCCUUCCCUCAUAGAAUGUGAAAUAUGCGGUGCCUCCUUGGUCUCGGCAAAUGUGCUCAGGGCUUCGAAUGGCGACCACUUCCGUGCAGAAUCCCCCGCGCCUGUUUUUGACCAGGGCACUAUAAAGAGCACUCAGAUCAAAGAUAGCAUGAAAUUAUCCUUCCGUGGGGGCGGUGAAAAGAUAUUCCAUGAAAGACUGAAGGGCGCUUUGAUCCAGAGGAAAUGGCUUCUCUACAACGCUCCACCCGUGCCUCAGCAACCAUCGCAAUCAAGCUCCAACUCGCCAAGCUUGACCGUGUCUACUCCCAUAGAUGGUUCCGUAGCGCCUCAAUCUCGCUCACCCGGUGUUGGUAUUGCCGGUCUUGAGCGCAGAGGUCUCGAGGCUCGUAAAAACAACGAGCUCGUGAUUGGCAAUGCAUUCGAGGACCUUGAGGCGCUUAUGGCAUCUGCUAAACAGAUUGUUGCGCUUGCUGAGACACUGGGUCGAGAAUCAGGUAUGACUAGCGAUGAAAGCUCUGCAGAGACCAGCGCAGUUCUUUCGGAAUCGGUGGCAGCAUUAGGCAUGGUGACAACGAAAGAUAUGCUCGGCUCUGGGGCUGAGAGCCUGUAUUUGUCUGAACUAUCCCGGAAUCUGGCAGAGUAUCUUACCGAUGAUCGAAAAGGGGUUUUGCAAAAGGAGGGCGGCAUUAUUAGCCUUAUCGACCUGUGGGCAAUCUUUAACCGGUCCCGAAAUGGCGUCGAACUUGUCAGUCCGUCAGACUUCCAGAAAGCUGCGGAGCUAUGGGAGAAAUUGAAGUUGCCAAUUCGUCUACGCCGAUUCAAGAGUGGGCUGCUCGUUGUCCAGCGGUAUGACUGGACCGAUGAGAAGACCCUUCAGCAAUUGCUAGACUGGAUGGUAGAGCUCCGGGAAGUGCCACCAACCGAACCAGUGGCCUGGGAUUGGCGUCUGUUUGGGCGUUCCGUAACCGCACAGGAAGCCGCACAGCGAUUCAAAUGGAGUGUCGGUGUGGCGGCAGAGGAAUUGGAAAUGGCAGAGGACAAGGGAAUUCUCUGCAGGGAGCAGGGCAUUGAAGGACUGAGGUUCUGGUUUAACUACAUUACAUCUAACCCAGACGCCCAGGGUGUCGAUCAUCUAGGCAUGGCAAGGUAAGCAUAGAUGAUAGUGGUAUAUAGAAUCGAUGAACAUAGCACUGAACAGGAAUGUCACGCCAAUGAUUGG